UAUUUAGAUACAAUCUAAAUAAAUCUCGUGUUAUGGACGACAAUGCAACUGAUUUCACUAAAAACGAUUUAUGUAUGUUGCAGACAUCUAGCAGAGACAUAAGUUCUACAUCGGACUUCGUGAUGCCAGUGGAAGAGACCAUCGGGCAGAAGAGACCUUACCCUGGUCUGCGGUAUGGCGCUCCUCCCGCUAAACGCGCGCCCACCAUACGCCUCGGCGCUGGCUUCAAAUGGAACCUGCAGGCACUCGCCCAAGCGGCCAACGCGGUGGAAACCGGCGGCAAGUCGCCAGUGUCAGCCCUGAACGAGCUAGGGGUCAAGGUCACAUACAGCGUUCUAAAACAGGGCGGGCCUGCGCAUUGUCCAAGCUUCAGCGUCGCUGUUACGGUGGCGGACAUGACGUUUGAAGGCUGGGGGCACAGCAAGCGCGAGGCGCGCGCGUCGGCCGCCCGCGCCGGGCUGGCGGCGCUGCUCGCGCGCGCGGGCCGCGUGCUGCCCGCAGCGGAGCCCGGGGACUUCACCAGCGACGAGGGACGCCACCCACGCUGGGGCCCCAGCGAGCGCCUCGGCCGCCCGCGCCUGCCUCGCGGCAGCACCUGGCCGGCGCUGGCGGCCGAGGCGGAGUCGAGGACCUUCACUAGCGACGAGACACAACACCCACCGUCAGACUUCCAGUGCUUGGAAGCGCAGGCCAGGCAGGUUUUAGUUGAGGUGAAACCGGCCACUCCACCAGCCCCCCCUCCGCCGCCCACCGCGGCCACGGCCCUGUUCGGCGCCUCCGGAGCCCCGGCGGUCCACAAGAGCCCCAUCAACUCCCUGUACGAGACCUGCCCCGGCCUGAACUUCCACUGCACCUACGGAGACGGGUCCUCGCUCGACCAGCCCAAUGCCCCUCUUCAGCUCAGCCACAGCAUGCGUUUCAAGGUCGUCUGCCAGAUUAAGGACCAGACCUUCGAAGGAUAUGGUUCAAGCAAGAAGUUAGCGAAGCUAGCGGCCGCUAGGGCUGCGCUGGCGGUCUUAGACGAGGACAGAGCCCCCGCGGGUGCCGACGAGCCGGGCUGCCUGCCUCAGCCCCGCGCUGAUACCAUUGGCAAGUUGGUGAACGAGAAGUUCCAGGAAAUCAUGAAGGGGGACUUGGUGCACUCCAAGAGGAAAGUCCUAGCCGGCAUCGUGAUGACCAUCGACAAUAGACCCAACGACUCCAAGGUGAUAGCGGUUACAACAGGCACAAAGUGUGUGUCUGGAGAACACAUGUCUGUGCGGGGACGGGCCGUGAACGAUUGCCAUGCUGAGGUGGCAGCGCGACGGUGCUUACAGCGACAUCUGUACGCGCAACUACUCAUGUACGCGGAGGCUAAAGAUCCAACAAUCCCAAUACCGGAUUCGGACCUCGAGCCGGUCCCGGGCGGCGGCUACCAGCUGAAACCGGACCGGCAACUACACCUGUACGUGAGCACGGCGCCGUGCGGCGACGGACGCAUCUUCAGCCCGCACGAGCAGCCGGACCCGGCGCCGGACCGGCACCCGAACAGGUUGGCGCGUGGUCAACUGAGGACCAAGAUCGAGUCCGGAGAAGGCACUAUACCAGUGAAGAAUUGCAGCAACAUCAUACAGACCUGGGAUGGAGUCAUGCAGGGCGAGCGUCUUCUAACAAUGUCGUGCUCCGACAAAGUUUGCCGUUGGUGCGUCGUCGGCAUGCAGGGGGCGCUACUAUCGCGUCUCAUAAGGCCCGUCUACCUGAGGUCGCUAGUGCUAGGAUCCCUGUUACACCAACAUCAUAUGUAUCGCGCCAUCUGUGGCCGCAUAGAAACACAUCUGCAAUCGCUGCCGCCCCCGUUCCGCCUGCAGCGCCCUCUGCUGGCGCGAGCGGCCAGCACCGAAGCCCGGACUCCAGCGCGGGCGCCGUCUUUCAGCGUGUCCUGGUGUUCCACAUCUCCGCUCCCCGAGGUGGUAAACGCGACGACGGGUAAACUGGAGAGUGGGCAGCCGUCGCUACUGUGUAAACAGAGCAUGUUCGCGCGCUGGCAGUAUCUUGUCAAACGGCUACCCUUGCUGCCACAGGACCCGAACGGCACAGACCCCGCGCCACUACCGCCUGAUGUGGACCAGCUGCUCUAUAACGAGGCCAAGCAGUUGUGUCCCGCUUAUCAGGUGGCGAAGGAGCGUUUAAUCGAAGCGUUCGACAAGGCCAAGCUCGGCCACUGGAUCAAGAAGCCGAUAGAACAAGAUCAGUUUGUGUGCGAGAUCCGAGACGCGGCGCCCGACGCCCUGUUCGCCUAGACCGGCGCUUCCCAGGGUAGCGCCGUGCAGCCGAGGGGGGGUCAGCUUACAGGUAACAUAGAACAUGUAAACAGUCAAG